AUGAUUGUGAACACGCUGAAGUCACACUGCCUGUUGGAUUAUGCAAAGUCAGUUGGCAAACAAAAUGAAAUGGCCGAGAUCCUGUUCAACGACUAUUUCCGUCAUGCAAAGAGAAUUGACCAAUCAGCUGUCCUGAAAGAAGCUGCCGAGGCCUGCCAUAUUGACUGGUCAGCAGCUGAUACCCACAUGAAUAACGCCGAGAUUGCAUCACGUGUGAAAAGAGAAGCUGGGACAGCUAGUGCCAGUGGUAUAAACGGAGUUCCACAUUUUAAUAUAUUCCUCAAGUCAAAUCAGGCUAGGUCCCAGCAAUUCUCAGGCGCUCAACCUGCGGCCACAAUAUUAAGUGUGUUUCAGAAAGUACUGAGCUUUGCCAAAUCCAGGGUGUAA